GGUACCGACCUACCUCACUUCCGGCUCAAGACAACAUGGCGGCAGUUGGUUGACUUCUAAGGCUUCUUCCCACCCCUUACUAUGAAACACACUCAUUCAAACAGAUUUCGUUUCAGUGCUACACGACCGAUGUCGGACAUAAAAGCGCUUCGAUCGCCAUUCAGGUUGCAUGUGACCACAGCGCGCAGAUACCGCCAUUCAACGCACAGCAUUAAUAACAUUACCUUUGAGUGGCACGGUUUAAGAUUGUGUGCCUUGCUUAGAGGCACCACAGUUCCGCAACUAGGAACAACUGCUUUAUGUGAAACAAGUUUAUCUCCAUAUGUCAGAGAAGCUAAGACAGCCAACGAGCUUUGUUUCACGCAGUCUUCAUCCUCGCAGCAGUCUAAUCGAGGCUCGGGCAUAGCUGAGACGGCGCCAGUGUGAUCGCACCGAGCGAUGGAGAAGUUUGGGAUGAGUUUCGGUGGGGGCCCCAGCAGGAAGGAUCUUCUGGUAACGGUCGAGUCCCAGAACAAGCAGCUGGCCCAGUACCAGAGCCGCUUCAGGGAUGUCGUGCACGCGUACAAAAGCCUGCUGAAGGAAAAGGAGGCCCUGGAGGCCAGUCUGAAGGUCUUGAGCGGCUCCCGGGAUGCGGAUGUGAACCGGCAGCUCUGCGAGCGGGCUGCCUUACUUCAGGAUUGUGGGGACGGAGACGUGACAGAGGAAGAUGCGGCAGAAGCGGGAGGUCCCGACGGGUCUGAAGCCGGCAGCGCAGCGGCCGAGCAGCUACAGGUCGGAGAAGCGGAACGCGGAAAGGUCCAGCUGAAGAACCAACUGGGCACGCUCACCAGCGCUCUGGCCACCGUGAUGCAGGAGAAGUCUCGCAUGGAGGCCAGCUUCCAGGCCGACAAGCGGCAACUCAAGCAGGAAGUGGCACAGCUGCAGGAGCGCCUGGAGUCCGCCACCGCACGACAGCAGGCCGAGGUCCGGGCCCUCCGGCGGCAGUUGGCCGAGAGCCGCGCUCGCGUCAUCACGCAGCAGCACGAGCGGGAGCAGGAACAGAGCGACCAGUUGCAGCAGCUGCAGGAGCUGCAGAAGAUCCUGCAGCAGGAACGGGACCUGCGGCAGGACGCCGAGCUCCGCCUGCACGAGUCCGACGCAAACUUCCCGGCGGCGUCGCACGCCAUGGACCGUGGGGCUGAGUCAGAGGCGCUCCUGAAGCAGACCAGGGAGGAGCGCGACCAGCUGAGGAGGAAGCUGCGGGCGGCCGAGGAGGAACGAGAGGAGGCGGAUCCUAGGGUGGAGGGGCUGCAGUGGGAACUGAGUGAGCUCGACAAGUGCCUCCAGGAGCAGCUCCACAACCAGAACUACAGGGUGUGUCAGGAGGAGGCGCGCGCUCACGCCGCGGAGCUUCGGGUGGCCGGUUUGGAGCAGCGCGUGUCGGAGCUCUCGGAUCUUCUGGGUUCUUGCGAGAAGGCCAGGCAGCGAGAGCAGCAGUCGACUCAGAGGUUACGAGAACGGCUGGCGCAGUUGGACACGGAGAACAAAAUGCUGGCCGCGGGCAGGUCCGCCGUGUACGACCCGGGCCCGGACGACUCUCAGCUGGACGUGACGGCCCUGAAGGACAAAUUGGACAAGGUGAAGAAGCUGCUUCUGGCCGCUCAGAGGAACCCGCCCGUCAGGACUCCGAGCGAGCUGGAACCCGUCCGAGGCGCCGCGCAGCAGGAAGAGCUGCGGCAGCUCAAGGACGAGUUGGAGGGCUACAAGCUAAGAGCAAAGGCGGCGCCCAAGAACACCGUUGACGAGGGCUGCCAGGCCCGCGAGCAGCUGGCGGACCUGAGGGAGAAGUACAUCAACCUGCGCGUCGAGAGCGACAAGGCCGCCGUGGCGCAGCGCCACCAGCUGCAGCAACAGCAGGUGCAGACCGCCGCGCUGCUGCACGGCCAGCGACAGGAAGCAGAGCGGAGGCAGGGGGCGCACCGCGACGAGCUGCUGCGUCUGGAGGCCGAGCUCCACAAACAAAGAGAGAGGACCGUCGCGCUGCUGGAUGACAAGGACCGGGAGUUGGAGCGCUUACGAGCCGCUGUGCCCGCCCCCAACUCCGACUCUUUCGCACAAAGAGCGUCACAAGAGGACUUCCGCGCCGAGGAGGAGGAGCGUGAGGCGGACGCCGUCGGCCGAGCCCUGCGGCACGCCGAGCCCACGCUGCUCCUGUACGCCGAGCAGCUGGCUAGAAAGGAAGUGGAGGUGGCGGGCCUGAGGCGGCAGAAGCGCCAGCUGGAGGACGACAUCCGUCGGCUGCACGCCAAACUGGCGGCCAACGCCCAACGCCAUGACGACGAGACCGACGAGCUCCGGGUGCAGCUGGACAAACUGAUCCGGGAGCAGAAGCGCGAGGGCUCCAACGUGGAGUACCUGAAGAACGUCAUCUACAAGUUCCUGACGCUGCCGGACGCCGGCGGUAGGCAGCAGACGCUCAACGCCAUCCUCGGCAUCCUUCACUUCAGUCCGCAGGAGAAAGAUUCUGUCCUCAGGCAGCAGGGGGCGCCGUGGUGGAGCACCCACAAAAGAUGACCAAGCGCAGUCACAAACUUGACUUUUCUCAAGCAUCUGAUUUGUAUAUUGUCUUUUCCAAAUUAAGAGAUUUUUAUUCAAUGUUAGGAUGCCAAACAUUCCAAUAAAUGCUCGAGUCUCAUUUAA